ACGCCCUUCAGAGGAACCAUUGGGUCAGUCGUAAUAUGAACCGCCAUCCUUCCCCCCUCACGACACAUGUCGCAAUUUGUCGCCAUUCGUCGCAAUCACACAUGUAACGUAGACGUCCACGCCUUUCCCGUUUCGGCACACAACCGCACCCGUCCUCCCCAUCCCCUAUAUAUACCUCUCCCCACCUACCCAUCAUUCAACCCCUCCGCCUCUUCACCCGCUCAUUCACCUACAUCCCCCUUGGCAUGCCCACCGCAAAACCCCUCCGCGCCGAAACCCUCGCCGCCAUGGUCCGCUCAGACCCCACCCCCUCCUCCCUCCGCAUCAUCGACGUCCGCGACGACGACUUCGAAGGCGGACAUAUCCACGCCGCGACAAAUGUGCCCUCAUCUGAGUUGACGGGUCGGUUGGGCGAGUUGGUUGAUGAGUUGAAGGGGGUGGAGAAAGUCGUGUUUCAUUGCGCGCUGAGUCAAGUCCGGGGACCGAAAGCUGCGAGACUAUAUCUCGAGGCCAAAGAUCUGUUGUCAGAAGGAAAGAAGGAGCAUGAUCUACAGGGUCACGCUACGGAUACGACUGAAUCGAAGGAGGAGGGGAAGGAGCAGGAGGUGUAUGUGUUGGUCGGUGGAUUCUAUGAGUGGCAGAAGCGGUAUGGACAGGAGAAGGAUUUGACGGAGGAGUGGGAGCCUGAGAUGUGGAAGAACUAUCAAGGUUGAUAUGGAAGUCGACUUAAGGUCGGAUCCGCAAGGAUCUUCAACCAGGGAGGCAGUUUGUGUGUAACUGACGAUGUUUAGACAAGAAC